UAUGGAGAGACAUGAAGCCAUGUGGCAGAAGUCGUUUAGUUAGUUGAUAGACAAAGACACAAAAAACCACACUUUCUUCAUUUUCAGUUUUGACCAUUUACUUUCCACUCAUUUCGCCUCUUCUCUCUCUUUCAUUCAUCUGCAAUUCCUAUCAUUCUUUCUUUGGUCAAAAUCCAUUUUUUUCCAGAUUAUUGUAACACUUUAUGCUAAUUUCACAACCCCUUUUGACAAAUUUUAAUUUUUUGCACAUUUUUUCACAUUGAUGUAAAAUUUUGUCACAUUUGAUUCACUAGAUGCAUAAGGGCUAGUCCUAGUUGUUUGAAAUAUUUGAAGAUUUGUUGCCAUACAUUGUCCACUUUCUGUUUAUAUAUUAUUUUAUUUUUUUGUAAUGUUCAAUUUUUCAUAUUGGAGAUUUUGAUGAGAGGUCAAGAUAGAAAAAAUACCUAUCUAUGGAGAUUUUGAUACAUUUGAUGUUGCUUGAGCUUUGUUGUUGGUGGUUUCAUUACAAUCUUUUCAGAUGGAAUGGCAGAUCCUGCUAGUAAUGGAGGUCUUGAGAGAGAUAUUGAACAAGCACUCAUUAUUUUGAAGAAAGGAUCUCAGUUAAUAAAGUACAGCCGAAAAGCGAAGCCGAAAGUUUGCCCUUUCAGACUCUCCUUGGAUGAAACAACACUGAUUUGGAUUUCUCAUAAAAGGGAAAGGACUCUAAAACUAUCUUUGGUUUCGCGCAUUAUUCCUGGACAAAGAAGUAUUGUCUUUAGAAGAUAUUUGCAGCCAGAAAAGGAUUAUCUUUCAUUUUCACUUGUUUAUAAUAACGGAGAACGGACACUUGAUUUGAUAUGCAAGGACAAAGCUGAGGCAGAGGUGUGGUUUGCAGGGCUUAAGGCAUUAAUUUCCACUGGAAGGAAUAAUAAGCUAACUGAAAGUGAAUUAUCAUAUGAUGGUGGUGAUUUUAUUUCAAAUAGUCGCCCUUUCGGUGCAGCAUUAGAGUUUACUACAAGCAUUAAUUCUCGUGGUAGGCUGUCGACUGAUUCAAAUCCUCGUGAGUUUUCAUUGUAUCGGACAAACUCAGAUGUGGGGUUAGAUCGUACAAUUAUGCAAGGAAGGACAAGUAUUGGAGAUGGUUUUCGGGUUAGUGUGUCUAGUACACCUAGCUGUUCAAGUGUAGGAUCAGGACCUGAUGACAUAGAGUCAUUAGGAGAUGUUUAUAUAUGGGGAGAAGUUUGGGCCGAUGUAGUUUCGCCUGAUGGAACUGGCAAUCAAUUCCCUUCCACGACAGAUGUAUUGGUUCCUAAGCCUUUAGAGUCGAGUGUUGUUCUUGAUGUUCAACAGAUUGCGUCCGGUGUGCGUCACAUGGCUUUAGUUACCAGGCAAGGAGAAGUUUUCACUUGGGGAGAGGAAUCUGGUGGAAGACUUGGUCAUGGAAUCGAUAAAGAUUUCGGGCGCCCUCAACUUGUUGAGUUUCUAGCUGUUACUAAUGUCGAGAUUGUUGCAUGUGGAGAGAAUCAUACAUGUGCUGUAUCAAUUUCGGACGAUCUAUUCUCAUGGGGUGAUGGUAAAUAUAAUGUUGGACUUCUCGGACAUGGCACCGAUGUUAGCCAUUGGAUACCAAAGAGAAUUAGCGGUCCUUUGGAAGGACUUCAAGUUAUAUCUAUUGCAUGUGGUACAUGGCAUUCAGCAUUGGCAACUUCUAACGGAAAACUUUUCACUUUCGGUGAUGGAACAUUUGGUGUAUUGGGUCAUGGAAAUAGAGAGAGUGUUUCAUAUCCAAAAGAGGUUCAGUUGUUAAGUGGAUUGAAGACUAUUAAGGUUGCAUGUGGAGUAUGGCAUACCGCAGCUAUUGUAGAGGUUACUUUUCAAUCAGGUUCAAAUGUUUCAUCUCGAAAGCUCUUCACUUGGGGAGACGGAGACAAAUAUCGUUUAGGACAUGGAAACAAGGAAACAUACCUUCAACCUACUUGUGUCUCAACACUCAUUGAAUAUAAUUUCCACCAGAUUGCAUGUGGACACACUAUGACUAUUGCUCUCACUACUUCUGGACAUUUAUUUACUAUGGGAGGCACUGAACAUGGUCAACUAGGAAAUUCUUCGUCCGAUGGAAAAAUACCUAUACUAGUACAAGACACAUUGGUGGGUGAAUUUGUUGAGGAAAUAUCAUGUGGAGCUCAUCAUGUUGCUGCUUUGACUUCAAGGAGUGAAUUAUUUACUUGGGGUAAAGGUGCAAAUGGAAGAUUGGGACAUGGAGAUAUAGAUAAUAGAAAAUCACCUACAUUGGUUGAAGCCUUGAAAGAAAGGCAUGUCAAAAACAUUUCUUGCGGCUCAAGUUUCACGUCUUGCAUAUGCAUUCAUAAGUGGGUAUCUGGAGUUGACCAAUCCGCUUGCACCGGUUGUAGACAACCGUUUGGUUUUACUAGGAAAAGGCAUAAUUGUUAUAAUUGCGGAUUAGUACAUUGUCAUGGUUGUAGUUCAAGAAAAGUUAUGAAAGCUGCAUUGGCUCCAACACCAGGAAAGCCUCACCGUGUAUGUGAUUCUUGCUACGCUAAGCUUAAAGCUGUUGAGGCAAACGCGGCUGCGAAUCUUAACAGAAAAAUUACUACUACACAACCUCGCAGUUCUAUCGAUGGAAGGGAAAGAUUUGGCCAAGGUGAAAUAAUUAGGUCCACAAAAAUUCUUUUUCCGCCUUUCUCAAGCUCAGAACCACUAAAAUAUCUUGAGAUGAGGACUAAUAUGCUCGGAAAUCCUUCCAUGCUAUCACCUUCUCAAAUUCCAUCACUCACACAAAUGAAAGACAUGUCAUUUCCAAGUUCAACAACUCCCAUUCAAAAUGGUAUGAGGCUUAAUAUAGCUCCAUCUCCACCAGCAACUCCACCUCUUAGUUCAAGAUCAGUAUCCCCGUAUGCGAGAAGGCCAAGUCCGCCACGUUCUUCCAAUCCGGGAUUUUCAAGAAGUCUUAUCGAUAGCUUGAAGAAGACAAAUGAGCUUUUGAACCAAGAAGUCUCAAAAUUGCAGAACCAAAAUCGAAGUUUGAAGCAAAAAAGUAUCAUGGAAAUUCAAAAGCUACAGAAAAACAUUAAGGAUAUCACCUCAUUGGCUGAAGAAGAAUCUUCUAAACAUAAAGCAGCCAAAGAAAAUCUCGAGUCCAUCAUAGUUCAGAUCAAGGAAAUGGCUGAGCAAUUUCCACCAGAAGUUUUAGAGAGUGAAAAAUUUAAAAACAUGCUUAUUCAAGCUGAAAAUUUUCUAAAUGGAAAUUCAAAAUCGGAAACAGAAGAAACAUCUUCUGUCGUACCAUCAAAUUUGGACUCUGAGCAACAAAGUGAACCUGUUUCAAACAAUGGUUCACAUAAACAGAAAGAACGAAUAGAAGAAAAUAAUGAAGCUGCAGAAGUUAAUCCAUCUCAGGAUGCUGGAAAUGUCUUUCAAGAAAGCAAUGGAGCAUCUUCGUCUAAUACUGAAUCAACAACGGCACCAUCACAAAGCUCUGAAAAUAAUUCAAAAUCAUUGAACCCUUCAAGAUCAAUGAACGAAGGAGAAAAUCAAAUCAUUGAACAAUUCGAACCAGGCGUUUAUGUGACACUAAUAGUAAAGCCUAAUGGUAACAAAAUUUUCAAACGUGUUAGAUUCAGUAAAAGAAGGUUUCAUGAACAUCAAGCAGAAGAAUGGUGGAAUACAAACAAAGAUAGGGUGCUUCGGAGAUAUAGUCCGCAAGCAAAAAAUCUUCAAGGUGUAGCGGCGUCAUCUAGUAGUACUCCUCCACCACCUGCUGGAGAAAACAUUAAUCCUGAAGGUGUGGCGUCAUCUAGUAGUACUCCUCCACCACCUACUGAAGAAAACAUUGAGGCAACACCUUCUUAAACUUAAAUCUUAGUCUUCAUAGGCAUCAUGUUCAUGUUAGUUAAUUUGAUGAAAUGAUAAGGUAUAUAAGCAUUGUUUAACUUACAAAGUGUAGUAAAAGUUUGUAAAUUCAUUUAUUCUUGUAAAUCAAUCAUUUCAUUGUUCCACUCUUUUUUUAGGGUAAA